CUGGGGCAGGAGGUGGGCAAGGUGACUAUCUGAAAGCCCAGAAGGUCCCCCUCCACCUGCCUGGGAUUCCCAGGAGACCUAACCUGCAAUCAUUUGCACUUGCUGUUGUCUUGCUUAAAGAGCUCUCCUCCCAUACUCUACCUUAGCCUCCAGGCCACUUCAUCAUUCUUCAAGUUUCUGAGCAGGUAUUUCUGCUCUUGGAAGCCCCCGGGUGAGCUCUUCUGUACUGUUGUGAUCUCAGCCCCUUGGGACCUCUCCCAGCUCUGCAGGCACCAUGGGAAAUGCCUUACUCCGGAUGGCUAGAUCCUCUGCGUUGGCUGGGAGCCUUAGAGGUUGGGAGCGCUGGUAGAUCUGAGUGGAACACAAGUUUGAAACCCAGCUCUGUCUCUGACCUUGGGCAAAGCCCUGAACCGUGUAUAUCCAAGGUCUUAUCUGUAAAAUGGGGACAAUAACAACUACCUCACCAGGCUGACGUGGGGAUUAAAUGAGAUCGCGCAGCCUGUGGAAAUGGCGGCCGUUAUUAUAGGUUCGUUGUUUGUCACAGAGCUUGAUAAAUAUUUAUUGAAUUAAUGAAUACCUCCAGCUUCCCCUCUUCUGCCUCCACUGCACGUCCUUGCUUUAGGAAGGGGAAGUAGGUGCGAACAAGGAUUUGGGGCAGAGAGACCCAGGAGAGAUCCGGGCUUUCUGACGUCUCUGGACACUAGCUGCUCCAGUGCGUCCUGAGCUUGCCUGGAGGCGGCACCGGCAUCCUUUCACCUCUGUGACAACCACUUGUGCUACCAUCCUCACCGGCCAGGUGAGGCAGCGCGCAGAGGUGGGGUCCACCCCUGCACUGUGUCCCCCGACGCCGCCACACACACACCCUAGCGGGGCUCACUAAUAAUGAUACCAGACACUGACCGGGAGGCCGGCUUCUGGGUGAGGUAGUCCCUAAGCUUUUGAGCUCAAUACUCCUCAUCGUGGCCCUGAGAGAGCCCAGGAUGCUCCUCAGCUGAAGCGGCUCCCGAGCUCAUGGAACCCUCGGCCACUCCCGGGGCCCAGCCCCGAGUCCCCACGGGCAGCGGGGAGUCCUUUCCCCUUCCUCCAGACUAUGAAGAUGAGUUCCUCCGCUACCUGUGGCGCGAUUAUCUCUACCCGAAGCAGUACGAGUGGGUUCUCAUCGUGGCCUACGUGGCUGUGUUCCUCAUAGCCUUGGUGGGCAACACGCUGGUCUGCCUGGCUGUGUGGAGGAACCACCACAUGAGGACCGUCACCAACUACUUCAUUGUCAACCUGUCCCUGGCAGAUGUGCUGGUGACUGCCAUCUGCCUGCCUGCCAGCCUGUUAGUGGACAUCACUGAAUCGUGGCUCUUCGGCCAUGCCUUGUGCAAGGUCAUCCCCUACCUACAGGCCGUGUCUGUGUCCGUGGCAGUGCUGACCCUCAGCUUCAUCGCCCUGGACCGCUGGUAUGCCAUCUGCCACCCGCUGUUGUUCAAGAGCACAGCUCGCCGGGCCCGUGGCUCCAUUCUGGGCAUCUGGGCUGUGUCGCUGGCUGUCAUGGUGCCCCAGGCUGCUGUCAUGGAGUGCAGCAGUGUGCUGCCCGAGCUAGCCAAUCGCACCCGGCUCUUCUCUGUCUGUGACGAACACUGGGCAGACGAGCUCUACCCCAAGAUCUACCACAGCUGCUUCUUCAUUGUUACCUACCUGGCCCCGCUGGGCCUCAUGGCCAUGGCUUACUUCCAGAUCUUCCGUAAGCUCUGGGGCCGCCAGAUCCCCGGUACCACAUCAGCCCUGGUGCGGAACUGGAAGCGGCCCUCAGAGCAACUGGAAGCUCAGCACCAGGGCCUGUGUGCAGAGCCCCAGCCCCGCGCCCGAGCCUUCCUGGCCGAGGUGAAGCAGAUUCGAGCUCGGAGGAAGACGGCCAAGAUGCUAAUGGUGGUUCUGCUGGUUUUUGCGCUCUGUUAUCUGCCCAUCAGUGUCCUCAAUGUCCUUAAGAGAGUGUUCGGGAUGUUCCGCCAAGCCAGUGACCGGGAAGCCAUCUACGCCUGCUUUACCUUCUCUCACUGGCUGGUCUACGCCAACAGUGCCGCCAACCCCAUCAUCUACAACUUCCUCAGUGGGCUGUGUCUUUUGUCUCCCAACCAAGGCAAAUUUCGGGAGCAGUUUAAGGCCGCCUUCUCCUGCUGCCUGCCUGGUCUGGGUCCCCGCUCCUCUGCCAGACACAAGUCCUUGCAGAGCCGGUGUUCUGUCUCCAGAGUCUCUGAGCACGUCGUGCUGACCAGCGUCACCACAGUGCUGUCCUAAGUGGGGCCUGGCCCAGGCUCUGGGAGCCACAGCCUGAUCCUUCGCUCGCGCGGGAUCCGCCCCGGCACUCGGCACUCGUGAAGACUGCUGCUGUUCAAUGAGGGGCUGACUCCAGUCCUGGCUUGCCGCCUGGGUGACCCAGCCAGCGUCAUUCCCCCUCUGAGGCUGUGUCCCCUAGAAGGGUUGAUAGGAAGCUUAAGCACCCUAAGAAAGCAGAGAACGUUGUAAACCAUCUCGUGCUGGUGACACUGUUUCUGUCGUCCCCGCCUGCUGUGGCUGUACUCUGCAGCGCCACCCCACCCUUUCAGAGCUUGGCUUUCCUCCCAAAGACCUGUCUCCCACUCAAUUAUAGGCCUUCCCUGGCUGGACUCUGCUCCAAAGGUCCCCAUAGGCAUAGUCGCCUGGCCUGGAGGCCACCCGAAGCCCUGGCUGCACACGGCCAGCUGCUCUGAUGUCCCCGUGAACUAAUUUGGGUCCAGCCCUUCUCAGUGGACUCUGAAGCACGCCCCCCCUCCUCUCCAGGUGUGGACUGCACGCACCACAGGCUCGCGAUCUCGUUGGCAUUGCGGAGUACUUAAACACUCUCCAUGUGGCCGUUCAGCAUGGAGGCCAGCAGCCCGAAGCAACUGUAAUUAAAAGCCUGGCAC